UGAUUAUGACGUCAUGUCCGGGCUUGCGCAGAAGAUGAGCAUCGAACCCAGUGGAGCAGAAGUGAAGCUUUAGUGUUUGUUAUUGAAUAUUAUCUUCUAUGUUUAACUUUUCCCCGGAUUGAUAACAAUGGAAUUGUCGGAAAUAUUAUACAACAAAGCAGAAUAUAUCGAAACGGCUUCUGGCAACAAGGUGAGCAGACAGUCGGUGUUGUGCGGGAGUCAGAACAUCGUCUUAAAUGGCAAAACUAUUGUCAUGAAUGACUGCAUCAUCAGGGGGGACCUCGCCAACGUCAGAGUGGGGAGACACUGUGUCAUCAAAAGUCGGAGUGUCAUUCGACCCCCUUUUAAGAAGUUUAGCAAAGGAGUGGCGUUCUUCCCGCUGCACAUUGGAGACCACGUCUUCAUCGAGGAGGAUUGUGUGGUCAACGCCGCGCAGAUCGGCUCUUAUGUCCACAUUGGCAAAAAUUGUGUGAUAGGUCGUCGUUGUGUGCUAAAAGAUUGUUGUAAGAUCCUAGACAACACGGUGCUUCCUCCAGAGACAGUAGUUCCACCUUUCACUGUCUUUUCAGGAUGUCCAGGUCUGUUCUCAGGAGAACUCCCAGAAUGCACACAGGACCUGAUGAUGGACGUAACCAAGAGCUACUACCAGAAAUUCCUCCCUCUUAGCCAGAUCUGAGUUCCACCAUAAAUCUCUCCUGAAGUUGUGGAAGAACCGAUUCUACGAGUUCACCCUCGAGUCUCACUGGCAAAGGAAAAGCAUUUGGUUGGGGCCUUUUAUGAGAGGCUUAAAAAAAAGAUCCUAAUCUUUCAGAUUCAAAUAUUUGAGCCUGUAAAUAAUCACAUACAUCGAUCUGCAGUUACAGAAGGUGAAAUGAAGGUAUUUAAUGCUCAAGGACCAAAAUAAACACUAGUUAUAGAAGAAUAUCAGCUCCAUUCUCUACAGAAAUGUAAAUGUUUAAAAUCUGUUUUAAAAUUGACAGUUUGUUAUAAAUCUGUUGCACAGUAGAACAUUGUGAGAGCAUCAUAGCUGCAUUGAAGUGCUUGGAAAAUAAAAGUGGGUUUUCUUGUUAAAUGAUUAUCCCGCCAAAAUAAA